AUGCCUCGCGGUUCUGGAGCAUCAAGAAAAGCAACCAAAGAUCCAAAUGCACCAAAACGACCAUUAUCUGCAUUUUUUCUUUUUUCGCAAGAUGAACGUCCAGAUAUAAAGAAAAAAAGUCCAUCGCUGUCUGUUGGUGAUAUUUCAAAAGAAAUUGGUUUAAGAUGGAAAAAAGUUAGUGAUGAUGUAAAAAAACGUUAUGAACAAAAGGCUGCUGUUGAAAAACAAAAAUAUGAAACACGUCUUGCUGAAUAUAAAAAGAGCGGUGGUGGUGGUGGUGGUGGUGAUAUUAGUUCAGCUAAAGGAAGUAAAGGUCCAUCAAAAGCAUCAACAAGCACAAAAUCAGCUAAGAAACCUGCAGGAAAAAAAUCUGCAACUAAAGCAAAAUCAUCUGAUGAAGAUAAUGAUGAUGAUGAUGAAGACGAUGAUGAUGAUGAAGAUGAAGAAUAA